AUUGGAACACUGCGGCACAGAGAGAGACGGAAAGAGAGCAGGGACAAAGAACAACAAAGAAAAAAGAGAAGAAAUCUAUAUUAAAAUAUCCUCUUGGAUAUUUCACUUUUGUUUUCCACUCUGGAACUCCCAUGUUUAUUUAUUACCUUUCGCACUUUUGACUGAAAAAAGUUGGACGCCUGACUCACUUUUGAGCUCUCUCCUCUUUCUCUCGUUCAUUCUUGCCUGGGCAUCAAGAAAGAAUUGUUUUUCUUUUUAUUCUUUUCACCAGACAUAAACUGGAAGACAAACUCUGGUGAAGAUGUCUGCCUGUGCUAAGCACUGUAAACAUGGACUGGUGAAGUUUGCUGUAUCUGUGCACAAGCUAGUGACGGGGACGCUCAUCAAAGAUAAGGUGGAUGAUGACUUGGAGAUGACAAUGGUGUGCCAUCGUCCAGAGGGUUUGGAUCAGCUGGAAGCUCAGACCAACUUCAGCAAAAGAGAACUGCAAGAACUCUACAGGGGGUUUAAAAAUGAAUGUCCUAGUGGAGUCGUCAAUGAAGACACAUUUAAACAGAUUUACUCACAGUUCUUUCCUCAGGGGGAUGCAAGCACAUAUGCUCACUACCUGUUUAAUGCCUUUGACUCGGGUCACAGCGGCUCCAUCAAGUUUGAGGACUUUGUUACAGCUCUGUCCAUCUUGUUGAGAGGUUCUACACAGGAGAAGUUGCAGUGGACUUUCAACCUGUAUGACAUCAACAGAGAUGGCUACAUUAACAAGGAGGAGAUGAUGGACAUUGUGCGUGCUAUCUAUGACAUGAUGGGGAAAUAUACAUACCCUGCUCUGAAGAUAGACACGCCCAGGCAGCAUGUGGACGCUUUCUUUCAAAAAAUGGACAAAAACAGAGAUGGAGUCGUCACUCUUGAUGAAUUCAUCCUAUCCUGUGAAGAGGAUGAUAACAUUAUGAGAUCUUUGCAGCUGUUUGAGAAUGUGAUAUAAAACAAGCACAGGAUUGGGGAAAGCGACACAGGCAGGAGGCAAAGCAAAGAAGCAAAGAAGAUUUUUUCAGUAAAGUUUACAGCUGUUGUGUUCAGGAGAGUGAGAAAAAGCUACACCAUCUUGUGCCCUUCAUAUAACCAUGGAAAUCUGUAGCUUCCUGUAGCUGGACAUCAGUGCUACACCACUAUGUGCAUAGCAACACUAUGUGCUUAGCAUGGUAAUAUUUAUUUUAUAUGUUUUUUGAUUGUUAUACAGCAAAUCUGACCCAUGACCUUUUGAAACCAGCCUUGUUCUUGUUCCUCUUUAUAGCCACAUGCACUCAACAUGUUUCCUGCUGGCAAAUUUGUAACAUUUACCAAUUCGUAUGAGAAAUUCAAGUUAAGGUUUAGGUUAAAGUUGUAGCUUUUCAAAAAGACAAGGAACAAGAUUUUACCAGACUGUCCUUCAGGCUCAUGCUCUUUAUGUUACAACUGAUCAGUUCAUACUUAAAUUUAUUUAUAUACAGGACAUUUAAUGUUCUAUGAUAUUUGUGAAUAUUACUCUACUGGAAAGCACAGUCUAAUGACCUAUUUAUUAAUGUUUCUAAGAUGGAUAAAUAAGCGAAGCUCAACCAAAGGAUGACUUAAAGGAUCGUUACUUUUAAAUGUUUAGGAAGGAAAGUAUUAAAAUAUUAUUAUAAUUGUUAUUUGAUGCUCUUCCACAUACAAAAACAAAUGGACAGGCUAGACUCUACAACAAUAGGAAAACAGAGUUUCUAUAUCAGAAAGAAAUUAAUCAGCUAUUUAAAAUUAUUCAAAACCCCUAAGGAGAGCAAAGAGACAACUAGAAUUAUUAUAGCCUUAAAAGCUUAAUACCAAGUGAGAUGGCUUUACCAUCAGAAUUUUUUAAUUAACUGUUAAAAAGAGGGAAGUAAAUUAUAGGCCUGAUGAAACUGCAUAUAACCUAUAUUCUGUCUUUAUUGUAUGUGACUGCUAGUCAGCUUUUUCCUCUGCUCCAAGCAGGUGUUAUUAGCUUGGCACAUGUUUUGUCAGCAGUCAGCGUGUUCUUGGAUGUUUCUCCCUAUUCUAUACCGUCUCGAAAUAACUUGUAGUCUUGUGAAAAAGCGGAUUGCUGCGAUGUUCCUGUGCUACUCCUUGCUCGAUAAUGCUGAACCUGGUCUAUCUGUUUUUAUCUGUGUGUAUUUGUGCUGCAGUGUGGCUGUGUUGUUUAUGCGUUGGUGCUUGUUUAUUUGUCCAGACACACAUUUGUCUCCAGAUCGGUCUGUCUAUCUGUCUGUCUAACUGUCUCUCUGUCAUGGUGUUUGAUGUUCUCAGCAUGAGGGGAGGACAUUAAAUAAGGUGAUGUGUGGUAUUUUUAUGCAGGCGGGUUUUGCAUCACUGUGUGCUUUUUAUACUGUAUGCCAUCACUGCAUUGUAUUGGUUGUGUUCAUUGUAUAUGUUGUUUUAUUGUGAGAAAGCUGUGAAUGACCAAAUACUGGUACUGUUCAAUAAGCAUAUAAUAAACAUAUAGCCAUAUAACCAUUUAUCCACACACUGUGAUAUGGAAGAGCAGAGACAGAGAGGGAGACAGAGAGAGAAAGCUUCAAAAGCUAAAGGUUACUUGUUAGGAUAAGUAAGCCAUUAUUUUUGUUUAAGGCUGCUGAAUUUCAUAUACAUGGCAAUCGUUUAAUAUGUACUGCAAAUGCAGCUCGUUCUUAUAUUGCUGGAAUAUAUAUGAUUUAGUAAAAUGGAAUUUAGUAAAAUAGAAACAAUAAUAUUAAUAAUGUGCCUAUAAUUAAUUAAAAAGUAUAUCCAAAUGAUAUGGUAUGGCAUUCACUCACCAGCCACUUUAAUAAGAACACCUAUACACCUGCUAAUUUGUUCAAUUAUCCACUCAGCCAAUCAUGUGGAAGGACAGACUAACCAAAAUAAACAAUCUGAAAAGACAUUACCUGUUUUUUCUUGUCCAGUUUCAGUGAGAAUGUGCCCAUAGUAUCUUUAGAUUCCUGUUCCUGACUGACCGGAGGGAAACCUGAUGUAGUCCUCUGUUGUCAUAGCUCAUCUGCCUCGAGAUUUGACAUGGUGUGUGUUCUAAAAUGUUUUUCUGCCCGCCACAGUUGUAAAAAUAGUUAUUUGAGUUCAUAUAGGCAUCCUGUCAGCUUGAAAUGGCCAUUAUCCUCUGGCCUUUCAUUUACAAGGCAUUUCUGCCUGCAGAACUGCUGCUCAUUUUCUGCACCAUUCUUUGAAACUCUAGAGACUGUUGUGUGUGAAAAUUGCAUGAGAUCAGAUAUUACAGCACAUCUGGCACCAACUAUUUCAUGGUUAGUCAAAGAGAUCACAUUUUUCCUUUUCUGAUGUUUGAUGUGAAUAUUAACUGACCCUUGUGAAUUGUAGUGGCAUGAAUUUAUGUAUCAUGCUGCUGCCACAUGAUUGGCUGAUUGGAUAAAACUGCAUAAAAGAGCAGGUGUACCUAAUAAAGUGGUGAGUGUAUAUGCCACAUCAGUUCUCAACAAACGGUUAACUUAUGGUUAGGUAACAAUUACUGGUAUUAAAUACAGUAUUAUUAUAAAUAAUAGAUUAUAUACAAGGUAAUUUAAGACUACAUUAUUAGCAAAAAGUGAAAUAGCAGGUUAUUAGCUUAAGGGGGGCAUGUUUCAUACUGCCCUGUGAUGGACUGGUGACCUGUCCAGGGUGUACCCCUGCCUUUCGUCCAAUGUGCACUGGGAUAGGCUCCAGCAGACCCCCGUGACCCUAAUUAGGAAUAAAGCGGGUAUAGAAAAUUGAUGGAUGGAUGGAUGGAUGGAUGGAUGUUUCAUACUCAAUCUAUUCAUUUUCAUAUCACUUGUAGCAAGCCAUGAUUUUGUAUGGAUCUAAAAGUAUGACAAAUCUCAACAAGUGUAAUGCAGUUUUUGUAACUUUUGCAGAUUUUUGAUUUGUGCAAUUGUUAUUUUUUUGUUUUGUUUUUUUUUGUCAAUGGAUUUCAGCAUUCUCAACCGACUGUCAUUAAAAGCAGUCUUGCUUUAAUUUGGUAGGAACAACAACCUCAUGAUUGUACUUAAAAACAGUGGUUUAUGUUUUUCCUUGCUAACCUGUAUUUGUUGAUUUUAUAGAGACCAGACAGAGUACAUCUGCUGGACUCACAUGACCCUUUUGCUGGUCAAUUUUCUUUUGAAAUUUUUGUUUCAUUUGCGAUAUAAUUCUGAUAUGCAAUGAGAGACGUACUACUCCAAUACUGAGCUUAUAGAAUGAAAUAUCUAAAUACAAAACCUGCUCUACACAAUUAUGGAGUUUUGUCAGAAUUUAAUAUCAGUUUUACUUUUCAUAAUCUCAGUUCUGCAGUGAAAUUGUAUCCAGUCCAGAUGCUGUGUCUGAGCUGUGUUGAGAAAUCCAAACCGGGAACUACUGAAAUGUGAUGUAUCUUGAUGUGAUUGUAAACCAUGUCUUCUUCGAGACAAAACUGCACAGUACUCAUGCAGCCAUAUGUAUCACUACUCACUGUGAUGAGAAUCAGCAGCGAGAGGAAGAGGAAGAGGAAGCACCUCUUACACCAUGCACCACCUCUCCAUGCAUUCUUUUCAUAUUCAGUAUUGUGGAUUUUAAUUUAUGCGUAACUGAUGCAACGAAGAGUUGCUGGGCUUAGCUGUUUCUUCUGAAACCAUAUUUUUCACUGUACAGCAAGCUGAAGCGAACAGACAGAUGAACAGAUAGACAGACAGACAGACAGACAGACAGACAGACAGACAGAGAAGCAGGCAGACAGAGACAGGAAACAAUUUCUUGUUGCUGUAUAAAAUGAUAUUUAACAAUAAAAAAAUUUUUCAAACAAUAAUAUUGAUUGUUUUAUAUAUAUUUAUACAGCCAUUUACCUUAAAUUAUAAAC